AUGAAACACCGGCCGGAAAAGAAAAGAAAGAGGACGAAGUUGCAUAUAGAGAUAGAGAAGUCAGCGUUGAAUCGGCUACCGAAGAGGGAGCGACGUUUGUCAAAGAAAGAAAGGCAAGUAAGGCGCAUAGCGUUUCGCACGGCCAAACUUAGCCAGAUCGCAAGAGACCAGAUUCGGCUGGCAGCCGAGUUGGAAGAAGGGCGUGUGCGGAACGACCUCACCUUUGACGUGCUGCAUGACAUGGCUGAUUCUAAGAAAUUGGCCGAAUUGUCCACCGAGCAGUUGCCUAAGCUGUCCUGUUCUAAAAUAUGGACAACGGAGAAAGUGAAAGAAGAAAAUAGUAGUUUUGUCUCAACCGAUACAUUGUCUACUGCUGCCCUCUCGGCGAAACAGGAAAAUUUUGAAAUCAUUCGCCGUGCACCGAUCGGCUCCUCGAUGAAGCUGCUUCUGCCGAUCAAGACUAUCAGCGGCAAGGUGAUACCAGUGAUGCGGACAGUCAUCAGUGACAAUGGGGAGGACAGCCCUGAUCAGUUGAAUCAACAAGAAGACGAGAGAAAGGGUAUUGACGGAAUAACGGAAGAGGAGAAAAUGAAUGACCAUCAGACGAGUCGCCUGUCGCGUCCUGAAACUAUUCCUGAACUGUUCGCUGAACGCCAUCGACUACUUACAGGUUUCAAGAACAAAAUUGCUUCGGCUUGUAAUUCCGUCAUCGUCAAUCCUGAGCAAAGUCUUAAUAGGCUUAAGGAAGUUUUGGCAUAUGCCGCAGGGGUUUCGGAUCCGUUAGUAAAAUUGACGGUUCAGAAACUGGCUUUAGUUUCGUUGGAAGAGGUGUUCGUCGAUAUCGUCCCGCAGUACAAAAUCCGCGAGAUCACUGAAAAGGAGAAGGUACAGAAGAUCAGUAAGGAAACCAAGGAAUUGUGGGCGUACGAAGAAAAUCUUCUCAACAAAUACAAGAAGUAUCUGCAGAUUAUGGAACAGAUCGUGAAAGGACAGAAAAGUCGAUUGAAGGACUUUCGGGUUCACUCCUCAAAAUUGUGCUUAACCGCUGUAGAAUGUUAUGGACGACUUUUAGCUCAUCAUCCAUUUUUUAACUACAGGGAUGGCAUCAUCAUCGUUUUGGUACCGUUAAUGACGUCGAAAGACGACCAGGUGCGACGGAAGUGCUGCGAGAUAUUCGAACACAUUUUUGACACGGACAUUAGUGGAGAAAUAUCUUUGGAAGCCGUGAGGGCUAUAAAUCGGUUCGCACGUAAGAACACGAGGAUGCUUCAUCCGGAUAUGCUGUAUACGUUACUUAAGCUGAAAAUCACUCACAUAGAAAAGUCAAGUACCGAAAGCAUAAAGGAAAAGAUCAACCGACGUAAAAGAAUGAUGCGGAUGAUGAGUCGCAAUGAACGAAAGCACUAUAAACGAGUCGAGCUGCUUAAGCGCGAGUUGGAGGAGGCGGAAGUUGAAACGAAAGAAAGCACAGUGCUGCAAAACCACACGAAGAUCAUAACAUCGGUGUUUCAUGUUUACUUUCGACUCCUGCGGCAGAUGUCUCGUUCGAAGUUGCUGCUUCCAGUACUUGAAGGUCUUUCUAAGUUUGCCCACCUGAUCGGCAUUGAAUUUUUCGAUGAUAUCAUUAGCCUGCUCUACGAAAUCGCUACGGCAACCGUAAGGUUUUAUUUGUAA